UGCGCACUUCCGGUGGAAGCGCUGAGGAGAGAGGGUGGAGUUUACGGAGCCGGUGGGCGGUGGGCGGUGCUGCCGGUAGCUGGGUGCUGUCCAAAGGCACUGGGCGUCGGUAGGGGAGCAAGCUGUGACCGGCUGGGCCGCACUUAGCGUGGGACGAAGCUUAGGCUACUGUGUCAUUACCUGAGGACUUCCCCUCAUGUCGGCCCUCGAGAAGAGCAUGCACCUCGGCCGUCUGCCCUCUCGCCCACCUCUCCCCGGCAGCGGGGGCAGUCAGAGCGGAGCCAAGAUGCGAAUGGGCCCUGGAAGAAAGCGAGACUUCUCCCCUGUUUCUUGGAGUCAGUACUUUGAGUCCAUGGAAGAUGUAGAAGUAGAGAAUGAAACUGGCAAGGAUACUUUCCGAGUUUAUAAGAGUGGCUCAGAGGGUCCCGUCCUACUCCUUCUGCAUGGAGGAGGCCAUUCUGCCCUAUCCUGGGCUGUGUUCACGGCGGCGAUCAUUAGUAGGGUUCAGUGUAGGAUUGUGGCUUUAGAUCUGCGAGGUCAUGGUGAAACAAAAGUCAAGAAUUCUGAAGACCUGUCUGCAGAAACAAUGGCAAAGGAUGUUGGCAAUGUGGUUGAAGCCAUGUAUGGGGACCUCCCUCCUCCAAUUAUGCUGAUUGGACAUAGUAUGGGUGGUGCUAUUGCAGUCCACACAACAUCAUCGAACCUGGUGCCAAGCCUCUUGGGUCUCUGUAUGAUUGAUGUUGUGGAAGGUACAGCCAUGGAUGCACUUAAUAGCAUGCAGAAUUUCUUACGAGGUCGACCUAAAACCUUCAAGUCUCUAGAGAAUGCCAUUGAAUGGAGCGUGAAGAGUGGUCAGAUUCGAAAUUUGGAGUCAGCCCGUGUCUCAAUGGUUGGCCAAGUCAAACAGUGUGAAGGAAUUACAAGUCCAGAAGGCUCAAAAUCUAUAGUGGAAGGAAUCAUAGAGGAAGAGGAAGAAGACGAAGAAGGAAGUGAGUCCGUAAACAAGAGGAAAAAGGAAGAUGACAUGGAGACCAAGAAAGACCAUCCAUAUACUUGGAGAAUUGAACUGGCAAAAACAGAAAAAUACUGGGAUGGCUGGUUCCGAGGCUUAUCCAAUCUCUUCCUUAGUUGUCCUAUUCCUAAAUUGCUGCUCUUGGCUGGUGUUGAUAGAUUGGAUAAGGAUCUGACUAUUGGCCAAAUGCAAGGAAAGUUCCAGAUGCAGGUCCUACCCCAGUGUGGCCACGCUGUCCAUGAGGAUGCCCCAGACAAGGUAGCCGAAGCUGUUGCCACUUUCCUGAUCCGGCACAGGUUUGCAGAGCCCAUUGGUGGAUUCCAAUGUGUGUUUCCUGGCUGUUAGUAACCUGCUGUCCAUCCCUCCCCAACAUUGAGCUCUGUUGUAAAUACAUCGCACCAGAGGCCACUGUGAUGCCGCUGUCUCCUCCUCACCAUCCUGCCCGACCAUGUGACACCGGCUCCCUAUCGACGGGCUUCCCCAGAUGUACAAACCCUUUUGUGUAUUCCUGCCGAAAGCAUUGUUAUCCAGGGCCUUUGACCAACCUCGACCUCCUUAGUCCAAGGCUCCCCAACUCCCACCCCUGUUCAGGGGUAGCCCCUACCUAUUCUCCCUGCCUUGCCUAGGGUGAAACCUCCAUCAGAACUGCCACCCUGGGCCCCUAUUCCUGGUAUUAGGCAGUGCACCUGGGUCCAAAUGUCUCUCCAGACUCAGGGACCUCCAUUCCUUGAGAUUGUUCUUGGCGUGGUCCUGCCCUACCUCAUGGGAUGGACCAUGCACAGGGUGGUCCUUAUUUUCCCCUUUCAAAUAAAAUGCCAGUCAGGUACCUUUUUAUCCCAGUCUUACUCUUCCAGGCUUGGAAGACCCAGAGAGGCCAGGAUGCCAUCCUUAGGAAUAGGGAGGGGUGGUGGAUAGCAUCACAAGAAACCAGCCUGAAAAUCAGGUCCAGUCAGUCCAAGCACAUGGCCUCCCAUCUGUGGAGAGCCCACUGU